AAUGAACAACUGCUGUACUGUAGCUUGUGAUACAUUUCUGGAAUAUGAUACUCCCAGGAUCUUACUCAUCAACAACAGAACCAUCGGAGUCCUGAACAGGCUGGUUCAAUUAGUAAUCCUCGCCUACGUUGUCGGAUGGGUGUUUAUGUGGGAGAAAGGCUACCAAGAAUUUGACUACCCCUUCUCCUCAGUCACCACCAAAGUGAAAGGUAUUGCCUUUACAAAUUCAACUGAGUUUGGAGAACAUAUUUGGGAUGCACCUGAGUAUGUUAUUCCUCCACAGCAAGAAACAUCAUUUUUUGUUAUGACCAAUUUUAUUAUUACGAAGAAUCAAACGCAAGGCCAAUGCCCUGAGUUGCCAAGUGAACAAACUAGAUGUAAAUCAGACAGUGAUUGUGCAAAGGGACAACAUAGUCGUCAUAGCAAUGGCAUUUUAACUGGAACAUGCAAUAAAGAGGAAAACACCUGUGAAGUGUAUGGUUGGUGCCCUGUGGAGAAUGACACAGUUAUUCCCAAGCCUGCAAUUCUUGGAGAAGCUGAGAACUUCACAGUAUUAAUAAAAAACAGUAUUACCUUCCCUAAGUUUCAAUUCUCAAAGAGAAAUAUAAUGCCAAAUGCAACUGCCAGCUACUUAAAAGUUUGUAGCUUCGAUGAGGAACUUCACCCAUUCUGUCCAAUUUUUUGCUUGGGAUACAUGGUUCGAAAAGCAGGAGAAGAUUUUCAGACGUUAUCUGUUCAGGGUGCAGUGAUGGGUAUUUUAAUAGAGUGGAAUUGCGAUCUGGAUCAAUCGGCAUCGAAAUGCAUUCCAAAGUACACCUUUGAACGAUUUGACAAAAGUUAUGGUAGAGCGGUAUCACCUGGUUAUAAUUUCAGAUUUGCAAGAUACUACAAAAAUGAGAAUGGAACACAAGCAAGAAAUUUGUACAAAGCAUAUGGUAUACGAUUUGUCAUUAAGGCUUUUGGUGAGGCUGGAAAAUUUAGCAUUAUCCCAACUAUGAUAAAUAUAGGAUCUGGUUUAGCAUUACUGGGAAUGGCAACAAUUGUGUGUGAUAUUUUUGUCUUCAAUUUCUUAAAGAAAAGAAAUUACUACAAGGAAAAGAAAUAUAAAUAUGUUAAAGAUGAAGAAUUGGUGCAGCCCUAUGAACAACCGAUUCCAGGCUGGUGUUGCUGACUGAGGUGUAACAGCAGGAUUUUGCUGCAGGUCUCUGUAGCAGAGUGGUCACUCUCUCUCCAUCUCUGGAUGGGGGGUGGGCGGCAGGAUCCUCGAUUCGAAAAUCUCACAAUAAAAAGCAACGUGGCAGAAUGUAAAACAAGAACAGCGAUCAUCAGUUUCUCCUUUCACUGUGAAAAUUGGUGAUAUCUCUCUGUCCCUUGAGAGUGAAAGAGUGAGGGAGUGACAUAGUGAAG